AGGUCAUCUCUUCGCUCGGAGUCGUUCUCUUCCGAGCCCUCGAUUACGGCCUUCGCGACGACGAGGAGCGCUCCCUUUCGGCGCCUCUCGAGGCACUCAUCGACCGCUUGACUGGCGCGGCGGCCGACGACGAGGCGCGCGACGAAGGCAUUGAAUGCGAAACAAGUCUCAGAUCUUCGCUUACCUUCGAUGACGUCAUUCAGAUGUGUUGCGCGCGAGUGUCAGCCCCGGGAGCCGCCGAAAGCCACUACCGGGCCGUUUGUCGCGCUCUGGUGGCCGAGACGCUGGAACUGACGGCCUUCUUGGAGCAGAUCCAGCGCUCGGACACGUCUUUGCCCGCAAAGGACGAGAAGGCCGUCGCGGAGUGCCUCGAACUGGGAUUGGAUGUCCAGGAUUGGGCGCGACUUUGGGUUCACGUGAUUCGUCAGCUCAGAGAUGGCGUCCAAUUGCGUGCCGUUCCCGACGACGAGCGACAGACGACACUGUCGUCCGCC